UGUUUCUCUCCCAGGCGGCAGCCCCUUACCUCCGACCGGCGCCAUGGCGAUGCAAGCAGCCAAACGAGCCAACAUUCGGCUGCCUCCAGAAGUGAAUCGGAUCCUGUAUAUUAGGAACUUGCCGUAUAAAAUCACAGCAGAGGAAAUGUAUGAUAUUUUUGGGAAAUAUGGGCCUAUUCGACAAAUCAGAGUUGGGAACACUCCUGAAACUAGAGGAACAGCCUACGUGGUCUAUGAAGACAUCUUUGAUGCCAAAAACGCCUGUGAUCACCUGUCGGGAUUCAACGUGUGCAACAGAUACCUUGUUGUUUUGUACUAUAAUGCAAACAGGGCAUUCCAAAAGAUGGACACAAAGAAGAAAGAGGAACAGCUUAAGCUUCUCAAGGAAAAAUACGGAAUUAAUACAGACCCACCAAAAUAAACUGAUCUUUUUUGGAAAACUGUUUUCAAGAGUUCUUGAACUAAACACAGGAAUUCUCAGUGAAGUAAAAC